AGAACUGGAACCGUAGAAGAAGAAGAAGACGGUUGAAAGCAGGAUAUAACGGCCUUGACGCAGUUAUCGGGCUGUGUGUAUCAGGAUACACUGAGAAGUAAUGGUUAACUGUAACGGACUUUGGAUGCUGUCGUCUCAAACCUCCACGCCGGUGUACAAGGUCUGUGUUUUGAAUGCGGUGACCAGGUAGUGGUGAGUGUUAGGUGCCCCGCGCUGUUAGCCAAAUCUCUCCUUGUUUCUUUUAAUGCAGCGGUCACCGAGCUCCGCUUCUCCUUAAGCUCACCCGACGAACAUGAACUCCAUUUUUUACGACGGAACAGUGUUGUGUGUUUAAAUAAUCUACCCGAAGUCAUGGCGAACGACUUUGUAAAGACAUUUGUACAGAUGUGCAAUUAUCUCCAAGACCCGUCUCAUGUAGCGAGGUUCCAGAAUUUAUGCGGCGUUAAAGGGACAUUUCCGGUUAAAGCGACCAAGCCGGACGGCGGACAGUCGGAGCCGGACUUUCCCGGGCUGAGGAAGAGGGUCCAACACGGGGAGCAGGGCUCGGACGUGACUGUUGGGAAUGGAGCAACCGGGGAUGCGACCGCACCGCAGGUUAACGGGAUGCAGGGUGAUACGCCCGAUGGUGCAUCAGCUAAUGUCGAUCCGGACACCACCAGGGCGAAACCGCUCCGGAAAAACUCCCUGACCGGAGACGUGGGCCAAGAGUUCCUGGUCCACAACAAGUUUCUCUUCUACCUGUUCACGUUUGGGACCGAGCUGGGCAACGAGAUGUUCUUCAUCGUCUUCUUCCCCUUCCUCUUCUGGAACAUCGACGCCCUGGUGAGCCGGAGACUCAUCGUCGUCUGGGCCUGGAACCUGUUCGUGGGACAGUCCACCAAGGACAUGGUCCGCUGGUCCCGGCCGGCGUCCCCUCCUGUGGUGAAGGUGGAGGUCUUCUACAACUCCGAGUACAGCAUGCCAUCCACACACGCCAUGACGGGGACAGCCAUACCCUUCUGUCUCUUCAUGCUGACCUACGGACGCUGGCAGUACCCCUUCCUCUUUGGCUUUUGUGUGGCUCUCAGCUGGAGUGUCCUGGUCUGUGUGAGCAGAGUCUACAUGGGGAUGCAUUCUAUUCUGGAGGUAAUCACUGGCUUCCUGUACACCCUUCUUAUUCUAGCCUUCUUCCAGCAUACUUUGGACAAGAUCGACAACUUCUACAUGACAGACCGCUAUGCUCCACUUGUGAUUAUUGUGUCACACGUGAGCCUUGGACUUGUGGCUUUCACCCUAGAUUCCUGGAGCACCUCUCGGGGUGAUACAGCUCAGGCUCUGGGCACUGGGGUCGGAGCUGCUCUGGCUACCCAUGUGAACUACCAGCUGGGGCUGAUGCAAGAUCCACCGCUGUCCUCACUUCCUCUAACUUUACCACCAAUCACUGUUAGCUUGGUGGUUCUCUCCCUGCUGCGCUUCUUCAUUGGAGUCGCUGUCAUCCUCAUCACAAGAAUGGUUAUGAAAGCAGUGACUAUUCCGUUCUUGUGUCGACUGUUCGGGCUGCCUUCAGAUGAUGUAAGACAGGCGAGGCAGCACAUGAAAGUAGAGUUGCCGUACCGUUACAUUGUCUACAGUGUUGUUGGUUUUAGUUGUGUCUGUGUGGUGCCUCUCCUCUUCAGGAUCUUAAACCUCGCCUGAGUGUUGUGUGCAAACUGUCAUUUACUGCUGACAUGUUCUCCUACAUGGUGAAGUCAUACAGCACUUGGAAACAUGCUGCUUGUCUUGACUCUAGAGUCUCUGUUGCUGCAUGACAGAAACUGAUUUAAAGGAUAACUGUGGUGAUUUUCUAUAUUUUUUGUAUUGUCAAUAAUGAUUGCCUCUGUGCCAUAGAGCUUAAUUGUUGACCAAGAAGUAUUAAACGUGACACACUGUUGCACUGGGUCACAUGUUUCCUUCUUUAUGAUGAGCAUGGUCACUGCAGUUUAUUUUGAGCUGAUCCCACAUACAUCAUAUAUCAAAUGUUUUUAGGGAAUUGUGUAGCCUUUUUUUUUUUUUUUUUUUUUUUAAAGAAGAGAAAUAUAGAUUUGUGACCAGUUUUGAGAGGGUUAGCUACCUAACUUGCCUCUUCAGUAUGAGGAGUUGAACAGUAUUAGAGGGACAGACUUAGAUGUUGUUUUUGGUCGUCUCUCUGGAUUUGUUGACAAUUACAUCAAUAUAGCUCAUUACCAACCUUAUCCUCUAAAGAUCCACCUGUGGUCGACUUGUAUGAACAUCAACAUUUUAUUGGAGAAUUUCAUCCUUUAAGAAUAAACCAAACCAUGAAUCUGUAAUGUGUGAACAAUGCUUUUUGAAAUCUGAAAAAGACUCAUACUUUAUUUUCCCUCUUUGAGAAGAUUUGUUUGAUCAGUGCAGUUUUUCUACUUUACCAUAGUCAGCAUUAUCUCAUUGCCUACUUUUUGUAUGUUCUUUUGCUUGUUUUCAAAAGCAUUUGUAAUUUUGGUCCUAAUGUAAGUUAAGUGCUCUCUGAAUGAUUAAAGAUCAUAAAAUUAAAGUAACAGAUAUUUUUGAUAAAGUAUUUUACCAUUGUAACUAAUUUAAACUGAAUUGUUGAAAUCUUAAUCUGUAUAAUUCAUACUUGAUUUCUACGAGUGGUAUACAAGAGACAUGUCUGCUGCUUUUCCUUCCUCUACAGUAUAAAAACACUGACUCUAGCACUUGUCUAAAUGUUUUGAUUGUUGUUACUGGCUGCUGUAAUGUUCAAAUAAUGCUUUACUCAAAUAUCCAUGUCAGAAUAUUAUAGCUUGGGCGUUUAUACUCCUAUCAUAAUACUCAUUAAAUAUAUAUAGGUCUAUUACUGCAAACAAUUCUGUCAUGUUUUUCUGUUAUGGAAAGACUUUAUGCUUUGGAAACAUGGAAUCAAGGAGAAUAAAAUAUUCUGAAAGAGAACAAGAAAA